AUCAAGAUUUACUUAACCAACAUGGUUCACAAUAUAGAAUCAAACCCUGAGUUGUUAAGCUUCUCAUAUGAUGCUAGCACUAGUGAUUCUCAACAAGAUCAUGGUGUGAUCAAGGAGCAAGAUCGCUUGCUACCCAUCGCGAAUGUAGGUAGAAUCAUGAAGCAAAUCCUUCCACCAAAUGCAAAGAUCUCGAAAGAAGCUAAAGAAACCAUGCAAGAAUGUGUGUCCGAGUUCAUCAGCUUUGUGACGGGAGAAGCUUCGGAUCAUUGUCGAAAAGAGAAAAGAAAGACUGUUAACGGAGACGAUGUUUGUUGGGCGAUGUUGAAUCUAGGGUUUGAUGAUUAUGCACAACCGUUGAAGAGGUAUUUGGACAAGAUUAGGAAGCUUGAAGGCGAAAGGGGUAACCAAAAUAGUGAAGAGAAAGAUCAUAUUCGUCCUCGUCAAGAAACGUCGACGAAUUACAGAGCUACAGGUAACGGAGUUCCUCGAAAAGUUCCUCGUUCUUCUUCCCCUAAUCUUUUUAAAUUCACCGUGGAUGAUUAAAGAAAUAGAUGUUAGGGUUCUUGAUAUAUGUUGUUACUUUCAUGGGUUGGAGAUAUAAUUAGGGGUUCUUUAAUAAUCAUAUGAUAGAUAGUAAUUACACCAAUUUGGUAUUUCUCUAGGUUUUUUUUUUUUUGUUAAUUUUUGAAGUUGUUGUGUUCUUCGAUCCGGGUAGGUUCUCUUUGUGUUAGUUUUCGUCUAGGGUUAGAAACUGGACCCAAAAAGAAUAACAUAAUUCAAUCUUAUAAAUAUGUCUCCAGACUCUGGUCUACGAUUGGGAUAUUACUAGAUAACUUUGUGGUGUAUGACCAAAGUGUCUGUAUCAUAAUUCGAUCUUACGAAUGUGUCUCCAGACUCUGGUCUACGAUUGGGAUAUUACUAGGUAACUUUGUGGAGUAUGAUCAAAGUGUCUGUAUCAUAAUUCGAUCUUACGAAUAUGUCUCCAGACUCUGGUCUACGAUUGGAAUAUUACUAAGUAACUUUGUGGAGUAUGAUAAAAGUUUCUGUAUCACGUUCGAGCUUAUAUUAAUGCGAUGAAUGACAAAUACGAUUUUUAA